CACUGUGUCACACAGACACAGACUCGCACGCGCAUACGGCAGGCGUGUCAGAGAAGCGCUCGAGCCUCAGUGAGUUGAGAGAGAGAGAGAGAGAGAGAGAGUGAAGGAAAGCGCGCUGUGUAGUCAGUGUUUCACCGUCAGCGGGAGCGGGCCACCGGUGUGUUAGUUAGUGGCGGUAGUCCGGUUUAGGCUGCUUGUUUUAUUUGUUUCCUCGCUUCUGUAUAAUGGGAUUCUGACAGCAGCCGGGCAGCGGGCGCCGCCGGCUCCUCCUGACCGGAAAAUGAAGCGUCUCUGUCGGAAGCUGGCGGUGGCCGUGGCGGUGCUGGUGUGGCUGGGGGCGCUGGUUUACCUGCUGGUGCUGAGCCGGAGGAGGCUGCCGGAGCUCGGUACCGGAGUAGGGGGUGGAGGAGGAGGAGGAGCGGGAGGCAGAGAGACAGCGUCCAACCAGAUCUCGGAUGCCGAGUGGGAGGACAUGUUGGAAGGUUUUGAUGAGCGAGGUUACCUGAGCGCUCGGCGCUGGAAGCCCGGUGACGAUCCGUACACCCUGUACGCCUUCAACCAGAGAGAGAGCGAACGUAUCCCCAGCAACCGGGCCCUGAGAGACACACGACACUACAGGUGCACUACUCUUCAUUACGAGUCUGAUCUUCCUCCUACCUCCAUCAUCAUCACCUUCCACAACGAGGCCAGAUCCACCCUGUUGCGCACCAUCAGGAGUGUUUUGAACAGAACUCCAGUUCAUCUCAUCCAUGAGAUCAUUCUGGUGGACGACUUCAGCGGUGACGAAAGUGACUGCCAGCUUCUCAUCAAACUGCCCAAAGUCAAAUGCCUUCGCAACAACAAGAGAGAAGGUCUGAUCAGGUCCAGAGUGCGGGGGGCCGAUGCUGCGCGGGCCGGGGUCCUCACCUUCCUGGACAGCCACUGUGAAGUGAACAAGGACUGGCUGCCCCCCCUUCUGGGGCGCAUCAAGCAGGACCCAACCUGUGUGGUCAGCCCAGUCAUCGACAUCAUCAACAUGGACACUUUUUCCUAUGUGGCGGCCUCUGCUGAUCUCCGGGGAGGAUUUGAUUGGAGUCUCCAUUUUAAGUGGGAGCAGCUGUCACCUGAGCAGAAAGCGCGUCGGAAUGAUCCGACCCAGCCAAUCAAGACUCCCAUCAUCGCGGGCGGCCUCUUUGUGAUUGACCGUUCCUGGUUCAAUCAUCUCGGCAAAUACGACACUGCCAUGGACAUCUGGGGCGGGGAGAACUUCGAGAUCUCGUUCCGUGUGUGGCAGUGUGGGGGCAGUCUGGAGAUCCUGCCCUGCAGCCGAGUGGGUCACGUCUUCAGGAAGAAACACCCGUACGUCUUCCCUGAGGGGAACGCCAACACCUACAUCAAGAAUACACGUCGUACAGCUGAGGUGUGGAUGGACGACUUCAGUCUCUUUUACUACUCUGCUCGGCCUGCAGCACGGGGGAAAUCCUACGGAGAUAUCCGAGGCAGAGUGGAACUCCGCAAGAAACUCAAGUGCAAAUCCUUUAAGUGGUACUUGGACAACGUCUACCCUGAGCUUAAGGUCCCAGACGACUCUGACUCUCAGUCCGGGGUGAUCAAACAGCGGCAGAACUGUCUGGAGUCUCGCAGGGUGGAGGGCCAGGAGCUGCCCGUCCUCACACUGGCUCCCUGCACAGGAACAGAGGGGGUCCCCGCCAUCAGCCAGGAGUGGGUGUACACUCACGGGCAGCAGAUCCGACAGCAGCAGCACUGUCUGUCCCUGUCCACCACCUUCCCUGCCUCCCAGGUCCUGCUGAUGCCCUGCAACAUGGCCGACGGCAAGCAGCGGUGGCAGAAGUCGGGGACUCACCUGGAGCACCUCGUCUCUCGGUUCUGUCUGGACUCUGAGAUGGCUCUGGACGGGAUGGACUCCUCUAAAAUGCUCGUCAUUAGCCCCUGUGAACUGAGCGCGUACACACAGAGAUGGGAAACCAUCUUCUCCUGACCCCUGUGACUUUUCUCCUCCACAAACCAGCCCCCCCCCCCCCCCCCCCCCCCCCCCCCCCCCCCCCCCCCCCCC